AUGUUGCGCAAGAAGGAAGCCUUCACCGUCAUCACACCUAUCCCGGGCUUCAUCCCUCGACAGUUGGCCAUCGACAUCCUUCAUUCUCAUUCCGAGGUCAUCAAUCUCAACCCGCUUGUUCUCGACCACAAGCCCAUUGCGGCCCCUCAGAAUGCAGAAACGGAUGAAUAUUAUGCGACAUGGUACGAGAUCACUGAACGAGUCACGUUUGUACCUGGGAUUGGGAGGAUGGGAGCUUCCAUCAUCAAGUUCAACGGCUGCUUUCACGACAUGCCAUGGGGGCUUCAGACUCACAUCUACGCCCCCAUGAAUGUUGAUCUACGCAACAAGUAUCGCAUCGCCGGCAAUCAACCAAACUACGAGCCUCCAGAGCAACUUGAGAUUGGAUUGGCGGCUCUUGGGGCGCCCUCGGACGGGCUGUACCUCCGUGAGGAUAUCGAAAUCAAGUGCAGCCGCACUGUUAUGAGCUUCGUCAAGUCACAGAUGAAGAAGGCGGGUGGGGAAAUGGUGAGACGCAUCAUCAAGAAGGCCGAGUUGCUGGAUGCUGGCGUGCUUCAGGCCAUGAUUGAAGACGGGAAGCUGAAGACAUUCAACCCGGCCGACAAGAGGAACACGGUUCGACGAUCGACGAUGCAGUCUCCAGGUCCUCAAUUCUCGCCGACCUUUGCCAGUUCGUCGGUCUCUGGGACACCACCUCACUCUCCACCACCAAUGUCUCCCGGCAUUCCCUACCAGAUCCCGCGACCGCUGUCUGCUACUCCAAGUCAACACCGGCCAAAUACCUCGGAAUCCUACAGCCGCCCUAAUAGUCAUGGAAAGGCACCCGCGGCUUUCGGCUACGGAACGCCAAAUGGACCACAGGAGUUGCCUGCAACCAACUCUGAACCGGCCUCGAACGGUCCGAUCGAGAUGCCAGGCGACUUCUAUCACGCGCCAUCAAGCCUUCAGCCUCAUUCUCAGCCAUCUUCCAACCGAAAUUCCAACCAGUCAUGCACGUCCGACAGGCCACAAGCAAGCCCGAACCCAUCGUCACACAGCGGUUUCCCGUCUCCAGGUCUGGACAAGAAUUUUGGACUGCAAACCCACCAGGAAACGUCUGAAGAGCACAGGGAUGAGACUUUGAAGAAGCUCGACCCUCGUAUCCCCCAUCCGUCUCACUACGCUCCGUAUAACCCAGCAGAUUACGGUCCCGUGGACCCAUUGAAAGUUCCUGGCAAUCAGUAUCAUCAGGCCCCACAGGCUCAACAGCUGUAUAAAAACACGUAUACACGGUGA